AUUACAGCCAGGUUUGAUCAGCAAAUGAACUGUCAACUCGACGUCAAGCACAUGUGCAGGAGGAGGAGGAGAGUUCUGGCCUGUCAUAUGACUUAUAUGAGCGCAGGUUUGAGGUCGAGCUUACAGUGCUGCUGAACCGGGUCAUUUAUACACUCGGUCCGGGCGUCUUUCGCUGUCUGCCUGCUUAGAGAAACCAUCCACACGUCACCAUGGCUCUCCGCGGUUGUUUGACCCUGUUCUUGAUUCUGCUGAGUGGUAUUGUGUAUGCUCAGAAAACAACAGUACUUCUCUCUACUAGCGUAAUCACCCCAGUCACAGAGAUUAACACGACUAGUUCUCCAACUCACUCCACUCAUGCCAGUACAACAACAGCUACUAUAACUACCAUUCAUACCAAUGUAACCACAGGAGCUCCAACUACUUCAUCUCACAAUACAACCAAUUCUACUACAGAUGCGCCAACUACCACCAUUCACAAUACAACCAAUUCUACCACUGAAGCGCCAACUACUGAGCACACUAAUGCUACAACAGCCCCGACAACGACUCCGACUCCAACCACUCCACCAGUCCUCAACCCAACUGUUGGAAACUACAGUGUCCGGCAUUUUGCCAAUUCCUCAGCCUGUCUUUUGGCAAAGAUGGGCCUCCAGUUCAGCUUCAAAACAAGUGUGAAUGCCAGCCUUCAGACUAUUAAUCUUGACCCUAAUGUAACCACAGCAAGUGGAACCUGUGGAAGUGGUGACAAUAACUCUUCUCUUAUGCUGAAGUCGGAAAAAAUCACAGUUCAGUUUGUUUUCACAAAUGUUUCACAAAAAUUCCACCUGCAUGCUUUGAUGCUCUCUAUUGAUCUUGGAAAUGAAGGCAUUUUUAAUGAAUCCAAUACUAAUCUGAGUCUGUGGGAGGCAUCUGUUGGCAGCUCCUACAUGUGCAAGAAAGAGCAGAGUUACAAAAUUUCAGACAAGCUUACCAUCAACACAUUUGAGCUACAAGUGCAACCUUUUGCAGUCCAGAAGGACACAUUUAGCACAGCCCAUGAAUGUUCAAUGGAUGACACCAGCCUCUUAAUCCCAAUCAUUGUUGGUGCCGCUCUGGCCGGUUUGAUUUUCAUUGUUGUGAUUGCAUACGUGAUUGGUCGACGAAGGACCUAUGUUGGAUAUCAGACGCUGUAAUGCACCAAAAUCACAAUCAAAUUGUUGAGUGUUUCAAGGGACACAGCCUGUUCCUGGACCAUUGAAAAAAUUGUGGGUAUUUGUGCAAUCUCAAUUGGCAACAGAUUUGUGGCCACAGAAGUAAAAGUCUUUUGUCCUUGUGUGGUCAAUAAAUCCACCAGCCCUUAAACUGCAAAACAUUUAAAAUCUAAAUAUACAGUGGCAUUCCAGGACCAGGGCUCCCUAUUCCCUUUACUCCUGUGUUUGUCAUGUUUUUGUUUGUGUUGCUUUCACAGUUUUGUUUUGGGAAGUGCAUGGGGUUUAUUUUUUUUGGCCUUUGAGCCUGUAAUUAUGUUAUCGGAGCUCUUGAAUGCAAAUUAGUGUUACAGUCAUCAGUCUUGGUACCAUUUUACUCUUAAUGACUUCAAGCAAAAAUGCAAUUUCUUUCCAUAACCCUAGGUCAUGGAGACCAUUAAAUUGUUCACACUGCCUUUUUUUUUUUUUUUUUUUUUUUUUUUUUAAUUCAUGCUCAUCAGCUAUAUUACUUGCAUACAAAUUGUGUUAGACACUGCUCAAAACUACAAUCGCUUUGUAUUCACCUGUUUUGCUGUGUUUAGGUUAAAUAUUAAGUCAUCUCAGAGUUAGUUACUCUGUAAUGUAGUGAUGGGACAGAGAUCAUCACCUCACAUUUAUUGAAAUCAGGUGGUUUUGUAUUAUGUAAGCAGGCCUAUGUUCAUAGCAGCUGUGUGGGGAAAUUGCUACAUUGAGAAAUCUUCUAAACAUGCUGGCCAAAACAGAGUGACAGCCCUUUUAAACAAUUGAAAUUCUAGAACCAGAAAAUAAAUGCUUAUGACGUUAAACGCUCACAAGCAUUUCAAAAAGGCAGACUGAUGUAAUAAAAGUGCAGUGGUAUUUUUGACUGCCAGCAAAGCAAAGAAAUGCUUACAAGCAUUUAAAUCAUGUUACUAAAUACUUUUGGUGGGGUAUUUGGUAACCACUUUAUUUUUUAAAGGGAAUACUACAGAUUAAGAAUGGAUCAGCCUUCAUAUCAGUUACUCUUCUCAUUAACUUCCAGAUAACUAUUCUAGUCUGAAUUAUACAUGCCGUUUAUCGCAAACUGUGAAGUUGUAUUUGUUAAAUGAGGAAUUUCGCAUCUCUUUGCACCCUCUGUAGUCUAGAGUUGUAGUGGCUGUGAAUAAUUUUGAAUGCAUAUGCAGGUUUUUUUUCAUGUUACAUGGAUUGGGUUGAUUUAGUUUGGCUUUUCAGAAUAAUAUUCUUUGCUUUUUCUUGUAGUCAUUGAUAUUCUUAUCACAUAUUAUAGUUUUUGCCUGAUUAUUGGCAUGGCUUUCAGUUUUGUUUGUUUUUUGUUUUUUACUUUUCCAGUGAAGUUUUCACUGUUCAUGCACUAUUCUAAUUUAAGCUAUGCAACACCUGCACAGAAUCUGUUGUAAUUUGCAGUUUUCUUUUCCUUUUUUCCUCUGCACUAUAACCAAGACACUUCAUUCUCAAGACAGGUCACUGGUAAAUGUGUGCCUUGCUUAUUGAAAUUACUUUGCUUGCCAUCCAAUCAGUAACAAAAUAUAACUUGUUCAAUGAAGUUGGAUUUUUAUUUGAUUUUCAUUUAAGAUGUUUUCUGAGUUGAGUGAAUUGUGUAAAGGGACUUUUUCUGACUGCCCUAAAACUUUGUUGUUUUGCAAUUGAAAAGACUGCUUUGUCAACAUUUUAAUGGGCUUUUAGCUGCAAUAAAUGAAGAAAGAUGAUUGUGUAUA